CUGGGGCGGCGGCGCGGCGGAGCGCGGCGCUGCAGCCAUGGCGGGCGGCGUGCGGCUGCUCUGGGUGUCGCUAUUGGUGCUGCUGGCGCAGCUAGGGCCGCAGCCCGGACUGGGCCGGCCCGGAGAGCGUCUCCGCGUGCGCUUCACCCCGGUCGUGUGCGGCCUGCGCUGCAUCCAUGGGCCAACCGGCUCCCGCUGUACCCCGACCUGCGCGCCCCGCAACGCCACCAGCGUGGACAGCGGCGCGCCCGGCGGGGCGGCCCCGGGGGGACCCGGCUUCCGCGCCUUCCUGUGUCCCUUAAUCUGUCACAAUGGCGGUGUGUGCGUGAAGCCUGACCGCUGCCUCUGUCCCCCGGACUUCGCUGGCAAGUUCUGCCAGUUGCACUCCUCGGGCGCCCGGCCCCCGGCCCCGGCUAUACCAGGACUCACCCGCUCCGUGUACACUAUGCCACUGGCCAACCACCGCGACGACGAGCACGGCGUGGCAUCUAUGGUGAGCGUCCACGUGGAGCACCCGCAGGAGGCGUCGGUGGUGGUGCACCAGGUGGAGCGUGUGUCUGGCCCUUGGGAGGAGGCGGACGCCGAGGCGGUGGCGCGGGCGGAAGCGGCGGCGCGGGCGGAGGCGGCAGCGCCCUACACGGUGUUGGCACAGAGCGCGCCGCGGGAAGACGGCUACUCGGACGCCUCGGGCUUCGGUUACUGCUUUCGGGAGCUGCGCGGAGGCGAAUGCGCGUCCCCGCUGCCCGGGCUCCGGACGCAGGAGGUCUGUUGCCGAGGGGCCGGCUUGGCCUGGGGCGUUCACGACUGUCAGCUGUGCUCGGAGCGCCUGGGGAACUCCGGAAGAGUGGGCGCCCCAGAUGGACCUUGUCCAACCGGCUUUGAAAGAGUUAAUGGGUCCUGCGAAGAUGUGGAUGAGUGCGCGACUGGCGGGCGCUGCCAGCACGGCGAGUGUGCAAACACGCGCGGCGGGUACACGUGCGUGUGCCCCGACGGCUUUCUGCUCGACUCGUCCCGCAGCAGCUGCAUCUCCCAACACGUGAUCUCAGAGGCCAAAGGGCCCUGCUUCCGCGUGCUCCGCGACGGCGGCUGUUCGCUGCCCAUUCUGCGGAACAUCACUAAACAGAUCUGCUGCUGCAGUCGCGUGGGCAAGGCCUGGGGCCGGGGCUGCCAGCUCUGCCCACCCUUCGGCUCAGAGGGUUUCCGGGAGAUCUGCCCGGCUGGCCCUGGCUACCACUACUCGGCCUCCGACCUCCGCUACAACACCAGACCCCUGGGCCAGGAGCCACCCCGAGUGUCACUCAGCCAGCCUCGUACCCUGCCAGCCACCUCUCGGCCAUCUGCAGGUGAGCUGGCUCUGGCAGAAGUGGGUGCCAUCUUCAAGGGGCUGCCCAAGCCCCAUAGUGAAAGGAGGCAAGAGAGGAUUUGGGCUCCACUCGUUGAUACCCCUUCUUUAUCAGGCUUUCUGCCCACCCAUCACCCGGAGCCCCGGCCUGACCCCCGGCCUGAUCCCCGGCCCGGCCCUGAGCUUCCCUUGCCCAGCAUCCCUGCCUGGACUGGUCCUGAGAUUCCUGAUUCAGGUCCUUCCUCCGGCAUGUGUCAGCGCAACCCCCAGGUCUGCGGCCCAGGACGCUGCAUUUCCCGGCCCAGCGGCUACACCUGCGCUUGCGAUUCUGGCUUCCGGCUCAGCCCCCAGGGCACCCGAUGCAUUGAUGUGGACGAAUGUCGCCGCGUGCCCCCGCCCUGUGCUCCCGGGCGCUGCGAGAACUCACCAGGCAGCUUCCGCUGCGUAUGCGGCCCGGGCUUCCGAGCCGGCCCACGGGCUGCCGAAUGCCUGGACGUGGACGAGUGCCACCGCGUGCCGCCGCCGUGUGACCUCGGGCGCUGCGAAAACACGCCAGGCAGCUUCCUGUGCGUGUGCCCCGCCGGGUACCAGGCUGCACCGCACGGAGCCAGCUGCCAGGAUGUGGAUGAAUGCACCCAGAGCCCAGGCCUGUGUGGCCGAGGGGCCUGCGAGAACCUGCCCGGCUCUUUCCACUGUGUUUGCCCGGCUGGCUUCCGGGGCUCGGCGUGUGAAGAGGAUGUGGAUGAGUGUGCCCAGGAGCCGCCGCCCUGUGGGCCCGGCCGCUGUGACAACACGGCAGGCUCCUUUCACUGUGCCUGCCCUGCUGGCUUCCGCUCCCGAGGGCCCGGGGCCCCCUGCCAAGAUGUGGACGAGUGUGCCCGAAGCCCCCCACCCUGCACCUACGGCCGAUGUGAGAACACAGAAGGCAGCUUCCAGUGUGUCUGCCCCACGGGCUUCCAACCCAACGCUGCUGGCUCCGAGUGCGAGGAUGUGGAUGAGUGUGAGAACCACCUGGCAUGCCCUGGGCAGGAGUGUGUGAACUCACCUGGCUCCUUCCAGUGCAGGCCCUGUCCUCCUGGCCACCACCUGCACCGUGGCAGAUGCACUGAUGUGGACGAAUGCAGUUCGGGUGCCCCUCCCUGUGGUCCCCACGGCCACUGCACUAACACCGAAGGCUCCUUCCGCUGCAGCUGCACGCCAGGCUACCGGGCGCCGUCGGGUCGGCCCGGGCCCUGCUCAGACGUGAACGAGUGCCUGGAGGGCGAUUUCUGCUUCCCUCACGGCGAGUGCCUCAACACUGACGGCUCCUUUGCCUGUACUUGUGCCCCCGGCUACCGACCCGGACCCCGCGGAGCCUCUUGCCUCGACGUGGACGAGUGCAGCGAGGAGGACCUUUGCCAGAGCGGCAUCUGUACCAACACCGACGGCUCCUUCGAGUGCAUCUGUCCUCCGGGACACCGCGCCGGCCCGGACCUCGCUUCCUGCCUCGACGUGGACGAAUGUCGCGAGCGGGGCCCGGCCCUGUGCGGGUCGCAGCGCUGUGAGAACUCCCCCGGCUCCUACCGCUGUGUCCGGGACUGCGAUCCUGGGUACCAUGCGGGCCCCGAGGGCACCUGUGACGAUGUGGAUGAGUGCCAAGAAUAUGGUCCCGAGAUUUGUGGAGCCCAGCGUUGUGAGAACACCCCUGGCUCCUACCGCUGCACACCAGCCUGUGACCCUGGCUAUCAGCCCACGCCAGGGGGCGGAUGCCAGGAUGUGGACGAAUGCCGGAACCGGUCCUUCUGCGGUGCCCACGCCGUGUGCCAGAACCUGCCCGGCUCCUUCCAGUGCCUCUGUGACCAGGGUUACGAGGGGGCGCGGGAUGGGCGUCACUGCGUGGAUGUGAAUGAGUGUGAAACACUACAGGGUGUAUGUGGAGCUGCCCUGUGUGAAAACGUCGAAGGCUCCUUCCUCUGUGUCUGCCCCAACAGCCCGGAGGAGUUUGACCCCAUGACUGGACGCUGUGUUUCCCCACGAACUUCUGCUGGCACGUUCCCAGGCUCGCAGCCCCAGGCACCUGCCAGCCCCGUUCUGCCGGCCAGGCCACCCCCACCACCCCCGCCCCGCCGACCCAGCACACCUAGGCAGGGCCCUGUGGGGAGCGGGCGCCGGGAGUGCUACUUUGACACAGCUGCCCCGGAUGCAUGCGACAACAUCCUGGCUCGGAAUGUGACGUGGCAGGAGUGCUGCUGUACUGUGGGUGAGGGCUGGGGCAGCGGCUGCCGCAUCCAGCAGUGCCCAGGCACCGAGACAGCUGAGUACCAGUCAUUGUGCCCUCAUGGCCGGGGCUACCUGGCGCCCAGCGGAGACCCGAGCCUCCGGAGAGAUGUGGACGAAUGUCAGCUCUUCCGAGACCAGGUGUGCAAGAGUGGCGUGUGCGUGAACACGGCCCCGGGCUACUCGUGCUAUUGCAGCAACGGCUACUACUACCACACACAGCGGCUGGAGUGCAUCGAUAAUGACGAGUGCGCCGAUGAGGAGCCGGCCUGUGAGGGCGGCCGCUGCGUCAACACUGUGGGCUCUUACCACUGCACCUGCGAGCCCCCACUGGUGCUGGAUGGCUCGCAACGCCGCUGCGUCUCCAACGAUAGCCAGAGCCUCGAUGACAAUCUGGGAGUGUGCUGGCAGGAAGUUGGGGCUGACCUCGUGUGCAGUCACCCUCGGCUGGACCGUCAGGCCACCUACACAGAGUGCUGCUGCCUGUAUGGAGAGGCCUGGGGCAUGGACUGUGCCCUUUGCCCUGCCCAGGACUCAGAUGACUUCGAGGCCCUGUGCAAUGUGCUACGCCCCCCUGCAUAUAGCCCCCCGCGACCAGGUGGCUUUGGACUCCCCUACGAGUACGGCCCAGACUUAGGCCCACCUUACCAGGGCCUCCCGUAUGGGCCUGAGUUGUACCCGCCACCUGCGUUACCCUACGACCCCUACCCACCGCCACCUGGGCCCUUUGCCCGCCGGGAGGCUCCUUACGGGGCACCCCGCUUCGACAUGCCAGACUUUGAGGACGAUGGUGGCCCCUAUGGCGAAUCUGAGGCUCCUGCGCCAGCCGGCCCGGGCACCCGCUGGCCCUAUCGGUCCCGGGACACCCGCCGCUCCUUCCCAGAGCCCGAGGAGCUUCCUGAAGGUGGAAGUUACGCUGCUUCCCUGGCUCAGCCCUACGAGGAGCUGGAGGCAGAGGAGUGCGGGAUCCUGGACGGCUGCACCAACGGCCGCUGCGUGCGCGUCCCCGAAGGCUUCACCUGCCGCUGCUUCGAUGGCUACCGCCUGGACAUGACUCGCAUGGCCUGCGUUGAUAUCAACGAGUGUGAUGAGGCCGAGGCUGCCUCCCCGCUUUGCGUCAACGCGCGCUGCCUAAAUACGGAUGGCUCCUUCCGCUGUGUCUGCCGCCAGGGAUUCGCACCCACGCACCAGCCGCACCACUGUGCGCCCGCGCGGCCCCGGGCCUGAGCCCUGGCACCUGCUGGCUGCCCAUCCGCGCCUACCACACGGGGCCCCUGCAGCGCAUCCUGCAGCCCCCUUAUGCGUAUGUGCACGGGGCGGCCCGCCCGGACCUGGAGAAGGGACCUACGGACGCCUAGAAGCUGCGACUCCUGCACUGCCCCGCCUCCCCCAGCGCUCCCACCGAUGCGGUGGUCCCGGGCCUGGCCCAGGGGCCCCUUCACAUGCCCUUUCCCUUUUAUAAAAUUCUCCAUUAAAACCCACCUAUUUUGUAU